UAAAAGAAAAGCUAGAGCUUUUCCAUUAUCCACAGCCACACAAAGACCUUGCCUUAUCUCAAAAUCUCAGAACUUUGACAUAAAAGAAGAGAAAAUAAUAUAUUCCCUCUGUGUUUUAUCACGACGACGACAAGAAUUCAGACGUACUAGGAGAAGCAGAGACUACCAUGCUUUUUGCCGGCAAAAUCUCCUCGCCGCCGGCUUCUCUCCGGCUGAUCGCCGCCGCAGUACAACCCUCCCAAUCGGUGGCGGUACCGUUGUCAACCGGGAAACGCCGGUCGCCUAGCUACUCGAUCACCGACGCUGAUCUCGAGUCCAAGGGCUUCCUCCUCCGCCGCAGCGCCGAGGGGCUGAACCUGGACCAGCUGAACUCGGUGUUCGUCGCCGUCGGGUUCCCGCGGCGGGACCCGGCGAAGAUCGCGGUGGCGCUGGAGCACACGGACGCGAUCCUGUGGGUGGAGUACGAGAAGACGCGAAGGCCGGUGGCGUUCGCUCGAGCCACCGGCGACGGAGUGUUCAACGCGGUGGUGUGGGACGUGGUGGUGGACCCGUCGUUCCAGGGGAUCGGGCUCGGGAAGGCGGUGAUGGAGAGGCUGGUCGAGGAUCUGCAGGCGCGAGGGAUCUGCAACAUCGCUUUGUACUCGGAGCCUCGGGUUCUGGGGUUCUACCGCCCGCUAGGGUUCGUGGCCGACCCGGAUGGGAUCCGAGGAAUGGUUUAUUCACGCAAACAGAAGAAGAGUAAAUAGAAUGGAAAAAGAUUCAAACUUUACUGGAAAUUCUUUUUCAAAUUUCCGAUUUCGACCGUAGACCAUACAUUUUCCAGUGUUAUUUAGCUUACAUUUGGAUCCAUUUGUUACGAAAUUACAGUUUUUCUCUAACUA